AUGGCAAAUUGCACUUUCAUUAAAGAGCAGUAUGAUCACAUUGUGCAAUUACUCAACAAAGAUAAUUCAACUUCUGCUUCUACUACAACAACACCAGCAGCUAAUGCAACAAGUAUUCCUUGUGCUCUAUUAGCCUCUAAUACUCUUCAAGAAUGGUUUAUAGACAUAGGGGCUAUAAAUCAUAUGAUAGCUGAUUUAGAAUUGUUAAAUAGGGCAUCCUUAAUACAAACAAAUCAGCAAAAGAAAGUACACUUGCCUAAUGGAGAAACUACUCAAGAACUCUUCAGUGGGAGGGUGAAAGCGAUUGGUAGAGAAGAUAGUGCUUUAUACAUUCUCAGUAGACAAAAAUUACCAGGAAAUAAAGCAAUUAGUUUAAACACUAAGGAGACAGAAAUCAAUAAAGAAGUUAGUUCAAAUGACAUUGAUUUUUGGCAUAGGAGACUUGGACAUGUAUCUGCUACUGUUCUCAAGAAGCUAAUAUCUCAAAGUCAGUAUGAUCGGUCCUUGUUCAUUAAGAAAACUGCAGAAGGUAUCACAAUGGUACUAAUAUAUGUAGAUGACAUGCUUAUAACUGGUGAUUCCCUGAAAUUAAUAGAGGAAACCAAAUCACAUCUACAACAGUCCUUUAAGAUGAAAGACCUAGGGGAAUUAAAGUAUUUCCUAGGUAUAGAAUUUGCUAGAUCAAAACAAGGCAUUCUCAUGCACCAGAGAAAAUAUACACUAGAAUUGAUUUCUGAGACAGAUAUUGCAGCUGCUAAACUAGCAAUAACACCUCUUGAUGUAUAUAUGAAGCUUACAACUACAGAAUAUGAUGAACAUAUCAAGAAAACUAAGUCUACUACCUUGAUGAAUGAAGAAUUGGCAGAUAUAAAUUCCUAUCAAAGACUGAUAGGCAAACUCUUAUAUCUAACAAUGACUAGACCAGAUAUCUCAUUUAGUGUACAAACACUAAGUCAGUUCCUACAAAGACCAAAGAAGUCUCACAUGGAAGCGACUCUAAGGAUUGUCAAAUAUAUCAAAAAUAGCCUAGGGCAAGGAAUUCUACUCUACAACAAAGACAACAACACUCUUUCAGCUUAUUGUGAUGCAGACUGGGCUGCCUGUCCUUUUUCUAGAAAGUUCGUUUCAGGUUAUUUUGGAAGUCCAAAAAGCAAAAUAUUGUUUCCAGAAGCUCAACAGAAGCUGAGUAUAGAAGUCUUGCAACAACUGUGGCAGAACUUAUUUGGUUAA